CAACCGGGACCACCGGAGUGACUCGACUCAGUCAUCAGAGAUGGCUAUCCGAGACUACAUCUUCCCCACUUUGCUGUCUUGAAUUGAUGACGCAAACGAAUUCCAGGUGGAAGCAAAUUCGGUUGAGCACUCAGCUUCAAUUCAGAGAUCUUCGACCUUCGACCUUCUAUUGAUGGCUGUGUCAAAGGCUGCCCUCCUGUGCUCAUCAUCCAUCAUAUCUCUCCCGCUUAUUAGCCAGAAUAGCUUGCAAAUCGGAGUGUUGAAGAUUGUUUAGUGUAUUGACAAUGGGAGCUUUAUCGAGGAGACGACUAUUUUUGGGCCUUUGGGCACCUCUGUUCUUGGCUGGAUCUUCCGCAGCCUUUGUUCCACACGCUCAGACCAAGAAGGUGGCGAAAACAUCCAAUCUGCAGGUGAUCCCUGGUCCUGCCGAGUUUGGUGAUUUAUCAUCGUUGCAGCAUGCUGCCCAUGACUUCUUUUCUUCGACAUCAACUCUGUUGUCCGAUGCUGCAGCUGCUACAGCCGAAAAGGAACCAAGUUGGUGGGAUAACUACCUCCAGGUCUUUCGAAACAUUUUGGUGACUGUGCAUGACACUGUGGAUGGACCUCUGACGAGUGCUGGAGUGGAAAAUACAUGGGGUGUUUCAAUUGCCCUGUUCACAUGCAGUAUGCGUGCUCUUUUGAUCCCUCUUUCCAUCCAACAAAACAAGAAUGCGGAAUACAUGAAGGCCCUCAAGCCAUACAUUAGCGAAAUUAAAGAAAAGUUCAAGGACAAUGAGCAGGCUAAAAACUCUGCCACGGGCAAAUUAUUCGAAGAUGCCAAUCAGAACCCUCUUGCGGGAUGUGCCGUCUCCAUUUUGCAACUUCCCAUCUUGUUGGGACUUUAUCGUGGUAUCCGAAUUUUGGCACAGGAGGGCAGAAUCGACGAACCAUUCUUGUGGAUCCCUUCAUUGGAAGGUCCAGUGGGUCCUCCCGAUUACCGUGGAACUGAAUGGCUGACUGCUGGAUGGACUACAGAUGCUAUUACUGGUUAUCCUGUGCCUUCCAUGGGAUGGGAAACCACCCUUGCCUUCUUGGCAAUGCCUCUGCUUUUGGUGGUCUUGCAAUCAGUCACAUUGAGAGUGCUUCAGCCUCCAAAAGAUGACAGCAUGAGUGAAGAGGAAGCCAAGACGUUUGAGCAGACACAGCUUGUGUUCAAAUUCUUGCCCUUGAUGCUUGGAUUUUUUGCCUUGCAAGUUCCUGCUGGUUUGACGAUCUAUUGGGUGACAACCAAUCUUUUUACAUUGACUCAAUCCUUGACUGUCAGAGCAUACUUUGCAGCCAAUCCACCAGAGAUCAAUCUACCAGACUAUUGGGAUAAUCUGGGAUCUGACAAGGACAUUUCUGACAUGACACCAGAAGAGAAGCGUGCAGCGGUUCAAGCGGGUCUCAGUAUUGGACCAACCAUGGAGGAUCUGAAAACAGAAUCCAAAUUCCACACCUUUGUUGAUCGACAACCCCUUCGCAGUAGCAGUGAUGCCUGGCAGCGUGUGGUUUUGGCUUCUACUCCUGUUGCGAGUGAAGAUGGUGAUGCUCCAGCUGCCGUCGUUAGUGAAAUCAAAAUUCCUGCAGAAAUGGAGUCUUGGGUGAAAGGGGAUGACCAGAAAGUGCUGGCAGCGGCCGCCACAGCCGAAGAAAAGGUGCCUGAUGCUGCCGCCACUACCACUGCUGCAUAGAGCGGUACCGUAGGCAAAAUGCAAGAAGUAGCAAACCAAAAAACUCGCAUGUUUUAGUUCUAUUCCAUUAUUCAUU